AUGAAAGGCAAAAAUAAAGGAGUUCAAGCUCGUAUGCUUCAAGAGAAUCCACGAGCUUUUUUUAUGCCUUGUGGAUGCCAUAGUCUGAAUCUCGUUUUAAGCGACAGUGCUAUUUCUUGCACUGAGUGUGUGACAUUUUUUGGAAUAAUACAAAGGGUCUACACUUUAUUUUCCGCCUCUGUCGGGAGAUGGAAAAUUCUUACAGAUAGUUUGCCAUUCUUGACAGUGAAACCCUUAUGCACUACUCGUUGGGAGAGCAGAAUCAAUUCUUUAAAAUCUUUUCGUUUCCAAAUAGUUGAGAUUCACGAUGCUCUCAUAACACUUAGUGAAAAUGUUUCAUCAGAUGCUGCUAUUAGACAUGAGGCUCAAACAUUAGCAACACAAAUAUGUGACUUCGAGUUCAUAGUCACUCUCGUAAUUUGGUACGACAUUUUACAUCAAGUGAAUAUUGUGAGCAAAAGUAUGCAAUCUAUUAAUAUGGACUUAAACUCUGCUGUAACACUAUUAGAUUCGUGUAUUAAUUAUAUUCGAAAGUAUCGAGUUUCUGGAUUCGAAAGAACAUUAGUAGAUGCUAAACAACUAGCUGAAAACCUUGACGUAGAUGCUGUUUUUGUAGAUAAAAGAGUUCGAAGAAAAAAACGUGCAAUUAUGUACAAGACACCAGAUGAGAUAAUGACUGAUCCACAUGAACGUUUUAAAAUAUGCGUUUUUAAUGUAAUAUUGGAUAAAGCAGAUGUUUCGUUAAACGAACGAUUUAAACAGCUAAAAUCUUUCGAAGAAACUUGGGGGUUUUUAUUUAAAUUAAAAGAUUUGCCGAUAGUCAGUGAGUUGGAGAAAUUGUGUCAAAAUUUGGAAACACAGUUAAGCGAUGAUAUAGACCAAGAUAUAAACGGUAAGGAGUUAUGUGUGGAACUACAGUCGGUAAGUUCCUUAUUUCCCAAAGACGUGAAUACUCCACUGGAAACAUUAAAUUUCAUUCGUAAAAAUAAUCUGGAAAAUACACUACCGAAUGUAUGGAUAGCAUUGAGGAUUUUAUUGACAAUUCCUAUAACAGUUGCUAGUGGGGAACUUCAGUAA